AUGAAGUGUAUUCAGAGUACACCUUUUCGAAAAUGGUGUUCAUUGAUAGGUUUCAAUUUAAUAACAUUAAUAUUAUUGACGAUAUCAGUUCAGAAUAUAUUUAUUGAUAUUGACCCUAAUACUUGCACUAUGACAUAUAUGGUACCAAAUUACUUUUUAGUACCAACAAACCAUUCAAUGUAUAGUUUAUAUUAUUAUAAAGAAGGAAGGGAUUUAGGUUCUGCAAAUUCAAAAUUAUUAAUAAAUGAUUUAAAUCAACCAUUAAAAGGUAUGCCAGUAUUAUUUAUUCCAGGUAAUAGUGGAAGUUAUAAACAAAUUAGAUCGAUUGGAGCAGAGGCAUUUCAUCAUAUAAAUAAAGGUAGAUCAUCAAAUCGUUUUGAUAUAGAGAAUCCAAAUAAAACAAAGAAAAAGAGAUCAAUUGAUUAUCAAAAUGAGUUGGAUAUAUUUACAUUGAACUUUGAAGAGGAGUUAUCUGCAUUUGGUGGUGAUGUUAUGUACUCUGAAACUGAAUUUGUUAAUGAUUGUAUCAAUACAAUUUUAAAACUUUAUGAAAAUAAUAAUAAUAUACAUAAAAAACCAACUAGUGUAAUAUUAAUUGGACAUAGCAUGGGUGGGGUUGUAGCAAGAAUGUCGAUAUUGUUACCAAAUCAUGUUUAUGGAACUGUAACAACCAUUAUAACAUUAAAUUCAUCUCAUAGAAAUGCACCAGUUUAUUCACAUAUAUCAACAGCUAAUUUCUAUUUAGAAUUAAAUAAACAUUGGAGUAAAUCAAUUCAACCAAAACAUUUUAAAUAUAAUGAAAAAGGUGAUUUAACACAUUUACCAAGUGUUUAUGAUGAUAUUGUUGUAGUUUCAAUUGCAGGUGGACAUAGAGAUACAUUGAUUAGAUCAGAAUUAACAUCAUUAGAUGGAUUGGUUAGACAGGAUAGAUCAUUUUCAGUAGUAACAACCAGUGUACCAGAUGUAUUGAUAGAGACCGAUCAUCAAUGUAUUUUAUGGUGUAAUGAAGUUGUAUUAUCUUUGGUAUCUGGUUUAUUGUUAUUAGGUAAUCCAGAGACCAAACAAAACACAUUUGGACCAACAGAAAGAUUAUCAUUAUUAAAGAGUGUAUUACAUAGUCAUGUACCAGAGAUUUUAGGUAUCACUACAUUUUCAGAUCAACCACAAUUCACAAAAGAAAACAGAAAGAAUACUCGUUACGAUAUCGAUACUCUAUCUGAUAUUGCAAAGAAGAAACCAUUCGAAUCUUACUCAAUGAUCUCUUUAAUUCAUAAACCAAUAGUAUCAUAUAAAUCAAAUCCAAGAGUUAGGAUCACUUCUUCAGCUUCUUCUUUAACUUCAUUUUAUUUUCAUUUUAAAAUUUCUGAUUGGAUUGGUGAAGAAAAUUAUUUUUCAUUAACAACAAGUUUAGCACAAGGCGAUUUUACAGCAAUUUUAUAUAAAGAUAAAGAUUUUACAGAUGCAGUUGAUGUUUCAUUUAAUUCAUAUUCAUAUCCACCAUUACCACCAUUAACAAAUUCAGUGAUAGAGUCACCAUCAACUCAAUUGAUAUUGACACAUGAAGAGAUGAAAGGACAUCAUUCAUUAUUGAUUGCAUUCCCAAAAUCAAUUAGAAAGGAUAGAUUUGUAGCGGUGGCACAAUUUUAUAAUUCGACAUCAAGUAAAGUUGUAAUUCCAUCAGUAUCAUUUUUUGAUGAAUAUAGAUUCGUUUUACCAAUUGGUCAUCCAAUCAUUAUGAACUUUACACUUCCAAAGUAUACCAAUAAAUUCCCAAUUAAAGCAGUGUUGCAAACUAAAUAUUUGGAUAUUGAUAAUGUUAAUUCAUUAAGAGAUGAAGAUGUUGAAGCUUCAAAAUAUUCAAGAUCAUUGGUUGUUAAUAAUUUAAAACAUCCAGAACCAUAUACAACAUCAAUAUCAACAGGAAUAUCACAACAACAACAACAGCAACAGCAUCAAUCAGAUCCUGAUUCUAAUAAUGAAGGAUUUGAAGAUUUUGAUAUACGUUUAGCAUUCUCUAUGAAAUUUAUUGAUAAAGAAGCUGUAAUUCCAAAUAAUUAUCCAAUAUUUUUACCAAUAUCUUAUCAUUUCAUACCACAAUUAAUGGAGGAAGGUAAAUUUGUUACAAAUUGUACAGUCACAAAAAUUAAAUUUCAUCAAUCUUCAAAAGCUCAAUUAGCCUAUAGAGAAAAUAAUAACAAUAACAAUAACAAUAAUAAUAACAAUAAUAAUAAUAAUAAUAAUAAUAAUAAAAAAUCUUUCAAAGCUAUUAAUGGUAAAUUAAAAUAUUUAGAUCAAAAAGUUGAUUCAGUUGAUAAUGUUGAAUAUAGCAAUAACAAUAAUAAUAAUAAUAAUGAUAACAGUAAUGAAGAAGAAGAAGAAGUUGUAGUUUUGGUAGUUGAUCGUUUUGAUGAACAAAAUGAACAACAAAUUCAACAACAAAGAGCAGCAUCAGAUUUAAUUAAAUUUAAUCAAAAAUUAUUAUAUGUACAAGAGGAUCCAGAAUUGAUUGAUACAAUUCCAACAAAUUCAGCAGAGAAUACAAUUAAUGAAAAUGGUCAAAUGGAAAUCGAUAUUAAUAAUCCACAUUUAUUAAUGAUAUUGGAUCCAUUCUUUUCAUAUGAGAUCGUCAUUACAUAUGAUUGGAUUGGAUCAAUUGGAUCAUUGGUAUUCUCUUAUGCACUUUCACUCAUUUCAUGUACAUUUGCUUUAUUCCUAUGGGUAUUCUCUGCGCAAUUGAAUAGCUUCAUAAGGAAUGAUAAAUUCCCAUCUCUACUUAUCACCCUUAGAGAUCAAUCAGUUCAAUUGGUUCCAUAUUUAAUUUAUUUCCCUUCUUUGGUUUGUAUUGUUUUCACUAUCUUUGGUUUACCAAUUCCUUCAUUCUAUGGAGAAUUCUUACCUGAUCCAUUCAUUGAUAGUUUUAUGUUGGAAAGAAUUCCACCAUUUUGGUCAAUUCCAUUUUUAUUUAUUGUUUCAAUUUGUAUUUUAACAAUUUUAAUUUUAGUUACAAAUAUCUUAUUUACAAUUGGAUCAAUUUGUAGCAGUGUUUGUUUAUCAAUUUUAAAUCUAAUCAAUAGUCAUCCAUCAAAAAAUACACCAAUUCAUCCAAGAAGACCAAAUGCUCAAAAUGUCUCCUUUAAUAUGGAUAGAUUGGAUCUUUCGAAUGAUGAUGGAUUAUUAAAUAAUAAUAAUAAUAAUAAUAAUAAUAAUAAUAAUAUUAAUAACAAUAAUAAUAAUAAUAACAAUAAUAAUAAUAAUAAUAAUAACGGUGGUAAUAAUACCAACAAUAUAAAUAGUAACAAUAAUAAUAGUAACAGUAAUAAUAUAAAUUCAACCGACUAUAUAAAUAAUAAUAAUAAUAAUAAUAAUAAUAAUAAUAAUAAUAAUAAUAAUAAUAAUAAUAUAAAUAAUAGCAAUAGUUUCGUCAAUAAUCAAAAUUUAGAUGGAACUAAUUUUAAUAUCAAUAUAGAAAAUGGAGCCAAUAAUAUGGACUCCAAUAAUCUAAAUAUUGAAAGAGUAGAAAAUACCAAUUCUUUUGGUGUUAAUAAUAAUAAUAAUAUUAAUAAUAAUAAUAAUAUAAAUAAUAAUAUAAAUAAUAAUAUAAAUAAUAAUAUAAAUAAUAAUAUUAAUAAUAAUAUAAAUAGUAAUAUAAAUAAUAGUAAUAUAAAUAAUAGUAAUAUAAAUAAUAAUAAUAUAAAUAAUAGUGUGAAUAAUAUAAAUAAUAUUAUCCUUAAUAAUAUGAAUAAUAUAAAUAGUGGCAAUAGUGAUUAUAAUAAUAUUAAUAAUAAUAAUAAUAAUAAUAAUAAUGGUAAUAGUGAAUAUAAUAAUAUUUAUUUAAAUAAUAAUAAUAUCAAUAAUAAUAAUAACAAUAUAUUGAAUAAAGAUAAUAGUAAUGAUUUAUUAUAUAAUAAUGAACCAAUUGUAAUUAGUAAUAGAUGUACAACAAGUACUACUAGUAGUCCUGUAACUGGUAGUUUUUGUUUAGGGUCAACAGUAAACUCAAGAUUAAAUGGAAAUCCACAAUUUUCUUCAUCAAAGUGGGUUAUUAUUGGUUGUAUUAUGGUAAUUAUAAUUCACUCUGCUUUAGGUUUAGCUGCAUUCCUAUUGUUCUUAAUGUUUUCAUCGAGUAAACAAUUCAAUGGUACCAGCAAUGGAAAUAGUGCAAGUGUAAAUUCGCCAUCCUCUUCAAUAUCAUCAGUGUCACCUUUAUUAAUUUCAAGCAUAUCUGCAAGUGUAAAAAAGAAAUCAUUAAAGAUUCAAAAUGCAAUCAGAAAGGAAUUGUAUUAUCGACAAAGUAUCUUUUUAAUGUAUAUUUUUUCUGCUUUCAUCAUGGCUCCUAACUUGGUCAUUUGGAUUAAACAUUUAUCAUUUGAAUGGCAAGUCUUUGACUCUUUUGAAUUGUUUAUCUUAUUGGCCAUAACUCAUAUCUUUUUAUCAACAAUCGAAUUAAAUCAAAGUAAUCUUUUUAUUUUAAGAAUUGCCCUCAUGAUUGCCUCAGUUUUAGUAUCAAUUUAUUGUAUUUUAUUUUUAUAUAGAAUGCUUUACUUUAAUUUGGUACUUUCACUUUUAUAUGAAGCAUAUAAUAUUUUAUCAGUAUAUGGAGAUGAUGAUUUUUUCAAUAAACCAUGUCCUGAAGAUUCAUCAAAUUGGAAAGAUAAGUUAACAUUUAAAUGGGUUGAAAGGAUAAUAUUUGUUGGAUUUUUUAGAGCACCUUUAAAUUUAAAUGAUAUUUCAGAUUUACCAAGUAGUUUAAAAGUUGAAAAUACAGCACCACUUUUAAAAGAUAUAAUAUUCAAUGAUUCAACUAUACCUUUAAUUAAACACAUAUAUUCAAAAUUUUUACCAAGAAAUUAUAUUGCAACUGUUUUUUAA